CUGCGUGGUGGAAGAUUUCUAAACAGCUCCUGUUUCGAGCGUAAAGAACAUUUUAAAAAAAUCAAAACCUAGAAGUGUGUUACUGCCGUUAUUUUUCACUGGUGAUCUUCAGUCUCUUUCUCUCUCUGACAGCGCCUCAAAGUUUGCAUAACAAACAGGUCAGAAUCAUGUUUUGAAGUUAUGGGAAAGACCACUUCGUAGACAUGAGAUUCGGAGAGAAGGCUGAAGGAAAGACCGCAGUGUCUCUCUAGGACAGAAAGCAGGCUCGGCAGCUCCAGGCGGCGGAAUUCAGACGCGGCUGGCGGCCGCCUCCGGCCCCCGGCGUCAAUGGCAUGAACAGGGGCGGGCGCGGACCUGCGGCGGCGCUCCGGGCUCGGCCAGCCCUUUUGUUGUCCACCCCCUUUUCCCCCCGGCGGAUGGGCCGCGCCGGGAGGGGGCGGGGCCGGCAGGUGCCUUCAUGAAUAACUUAAAUGACCCUCCCAACUGGAACAUCCUGCCCAAUGGGCGCGGUCCCGGCGAUGACGGCAGCCGCUGGAAUUACGCCCUGCUGGUCCCCAUGCUGGGCCUGGCCGCCUUCCGUUGGAUCUGGACCAGAGAGUGUCAGAAAGAAAUAGAAAAAGAAAAACAAGAGUACUACAGAAAAGAGUCGACCUUGCAGAAAGACCUGGAAGGCAAAUACCGGGAUAUAAUCACGGAGAACCGUCGUGCUGUUGCUCACCUGGAGGUGGAGCUGGAAAAGGAGCGCAACAGGACCCUGAGUUACCGCGAAGCCCUCGUGUCCCAGAGCCGCAAACUAGUAGAAGAGAGGAAGCUCCUGGAACAGGAGCAGGAGAAGCUGGAGCGAGAAAAACAGGUCCUUUUGCACUCUGGAGCAGAAGGUUCCUUGUACCAGAGUUGCCUGGCAAAGGAAGAAGAGUGGCAACAGAAAGCCAAAGAAUUACUAAAAGAAUUUGAAGAGGGACUGAAGGAAAGACAGGACAUUUACUGCAGUCUUGUAGUACCCAGAAGUCAGAGACUAGAAAUAGAGAAAAAUCUGCUAGUUAAAGCAGCAACUAAUCCUGUUGCUGUGACUUUACAUGUGGAGAGUGGCUUAAAAGAUAUUUUCAAGCAUGAUAACUACUGUGGCAAUGUGCUGAACAGAACCAGAAGCCAAAAUGGAAGGCUUAUGUGGCUGUAUCUGAGAUACUGGGAACUAGCUGUUGAACUGCAGAAAUUCAAGAGGGUAGAACAGGCCAUGCUGGGAAAACGCUAAGUAGGGGAGGCAGUGGGAUUCCGUGUGAUCCUCCAUGCAUGGUAGGGACAAUCACAGUUGUAGUCUGAAGCUGUUAAAUUCUUCUGCUGUGUUGCCGUCUCUCCUCCUCCUUGCACUUGUGUUUGCAUGGGACGUGUGCAGUGCUGGUGCCUUUCCUCUCACUAACAGCAGAUGCUCUGGUGAGCUGUGCAUGCUCCUGAGCCCCACGAGUGUGUUUGUGUGGCAGUGUAGAGAUACUCCGACUCCCCAGGUAUCAGAAGCAGCAAAACAGAACUCAGUUUAGAGGGAUUUGCCUCACUGAUGGUCACACUCCAGCAACAGAGAAUGGUCAUUUAUCUCCCCCAGGUGUGGUAGCACAUUGUUGUCCUUAUCCCUGACAUUUUACGUGGUGUCUAAACAAUGUCUUUCUUUUAUUACUAUUUUUUAAAAGUUUGUUUAAGCAAGACUGAUUUUGAGGCAGAUAUUUGAGAGAGGUGGUGUUGGAGCCAGCUGCUUGACACAUGAAUCUUACGUGUCUGAUGAAUCUUAUGUGUCUGUGUGUACAAAUAUAUAAAUAUAUAUGUAUGUGUGUGAAUGUAUGUGUGUAAGUGUAUGUGAAAGUAUUCUGAGGGUGGAAUAGACUGGUCCUCUUUCAGAUUAGUCAGUCUUGCACUGUCUUCCAGCUUAAUAUACAAAUACUGCUUUAUGAAUGAAACAUCCAAAAGAUGCUAAUUCAAAUAAUACAUAAAGAAACAGAUUGAUGUCUCAUUGGCACUUGGGAUCCAUUACCAAAUUCUAGGGAAUGUAUAAACUGGAAGUUAUAUUUUCAUAUAUUGGAGAUACCCUAAGAAUACUUCUUUUUUUCUCAGCAAGGUUUUAGUUACAACCCAACAAUGUGCCACCAUUAUGGAUGUCCCCAUGCUGCUGCUUCUGCCUCUCAGGGCGCUGGCUGCCUCCUGGGUUUCUUGCAGGAGCCUCCUUGCCAUUGCAGCUGGCUCUGCUCCUUGGACAGGCGCUGUUUGUUAUUUGCAGGUGGGAACACAGCUGCAGCCUGCACUAGUAGCCACUGCUCUCUUUCCACCUGUCUCCCUUCUCCCAGAACUGAAGUACAUACUCUCUUCUGCAGCUCUGAAAUUUUGUGCUUGUGGUUCACCACUUUACAUACACAUGACCGUGAAAGCCUACAGAUAUACGAGCUUUGCAAACUUUUAAUAGAGGGGGCUUUUUAAUUUAGCUAGUAAAAUAAAAUAGAUUUGGUAAAAAAUAAUAAGUACAGUGAAAUAUUAAAUAAAAAACAUCCAGAUUAAAAAAAUCCAACUACAAACAAAAUUUUUAAGUGCAUUUCAAUUUCUUACAACUUUGAGUAUACUUUGGGUCCUUUUUAGCUGUAGGAACCACCUUUCUUCAAACGUGCCAUGUAUUUAAAAUAGGAGUAAGUAAGAACUUUUUUCUUCCCCCUUUCUAAUCCAGCCUUAGACCUCAAAGGGGCAGUGUUUACCCUUGUGUUUAUAGCAUCUAGUCUUCUCUGUUACUUGACUUUGAUUAGUGCUGGUAGGUUGUAAUUUCAUUAAUUAGCAGUUUAUUAUUUACUGAGGGCUAGACUUGACAAAUGUGUUUGCACUAGGCAGUCAUGUAGAACCAUGGCUUGGAAGCAAUCCAAGCUAAGUGAAUGCCCAUCUUCCUGCAGAUGUGGGGUUUUUCUCUUACUGUUUCCUCCUGGUUUCACUUCAGUCUGAGCACAGAAGACAGCAGAUAAAUCCUUUGGAACGAUGUGCACAACUUAAUCCAGUUACUAAGUAGAAAUACCUAACAUGAAACAAAAUUCCUGAACAGAAUAGAUGUUUCCCAGCUACUCUGUUUUCCAGUUGAGAUUUUGCUCACCUUGGUAGUACCAAUUAUACUGUUGUGUUGAGUUAUUAAUCCUUUUUUCAUACUGAUGUUUUUAAUAAAGUUUUAGUAGACAAACUUGGAGGAAAAAAGAGAGAUCACAAACACCAUAAAGGCCACAGUUUGUCAGGGUGCCAACCAUAUUUGGGGUGGGAGAUGAAAACACAGUUGAGUUGCUAAUCGUGUGUGACACCCUGAGCCAAGCUGCUGCAGCUGGACGUAGGCACACGGUCUAAUGGCCCAGAGAACAAAUCAGCUUGAAUAACAGCCUGUGUAUAAUUCCUUCAGAAUGUGGAAAGUGACCAUCCAGCUGUGGCACACUUGACACGUUCCUGCAGGCAGUUAAGCUGCCCAGCUGGCUGUAAGAGCAGACAGUGAAUCAGUGCCAGUGUAUUUGAGAUUCAUGCCUUGAAUUUGUGCAAGUUAGCCUUAAAAGAUCAGAGGUUUUAUGCUUUGUCAUUUUUUCAUUGUUUGUUAUUCAUAUCACUCAAAGUGUUUAAAGAAAAUGUAAUCAAGGGUAAAAUACUAUUUUUUCAGUAUGAAUAUGUAUAUUCAAGCCUUACACACUUGAAUGUACAGGGUUGAAUGCAAUGUAGUAAAGGUUUGGUAUUCACUUUCUCUUUUUUAGAAGUAUCAUUUAUUUGUACAGCUAAUUGAACUAUUGUUCUUGAACUUUGAAGAUCAUUGUCUCAAGACAGAAGGGUUAUUUCAGAAGGCUUUUAAGAAGUGUAUAACUGAUUUGGCAUCACUGGUCCUGUUAGUUUCUUCCAAAACUCAUGUUUGUGGGUAUGCAAUGUAUUUUUGAAACGUUCCCCCUUUGUAGUUUGUUAUUCUGAAAAUUCUAAUGUAAGUUUCAUCUUGCCCAGCACUUGUUCUGAGUUGGUUAAUUGUCUGGAACUGCCCAUAUACAUAUGUAGAAUGCAAGAAUAAUUUGUUUUCAAAGUAUUUAAUGAACUUCUUUUUAUUAUAAAAUUGUCACUCAGCUAUUAAACAAUAACAGUUAAUAAAAACCUUUACAUAUUUC